AUGAAGUGGCUAUCGGGGCCCUGGUGGGCCCUCCUCGUGCCAUUCGUCUGCGCGCUCGAUUUUCGGCCAGCGAAUCAACGAAGUAGCGCGCAACCUGCGUAUGUGAAUCCGUAUGGCGAAUUACGACAGCUGCUAUCGUCUACGCAGACCCCACUACCGUAUCCCUUCGGGAAUCUACAUUUCAACUUUUCCGAUGAACAACUUUUAAUGUUGGGCCUUGCCACUGAGGCGCCUGCCCAACCCUUAACAAAUCAAAAUUCAAUGAACUUCGGUCUGACCUUGGGGGAGACGAUAGGACAAAGCUUAUCCUCAGGCCAAGCACCGGCGCAGGUGAUCCCAGAACAACCCGCGCCUACGACCCAAUCCCCCUCAUCAGCUGUACCUACAGAAACGACCCCAUUUGUCUGGACCACAACACGAAAAGCGCCAAAACUAUCCAAAUUUGCAACCAAAGUUGAAAAGCCAGGAAGUGAAGGGACUGGAAAAGUGAAAACCGCUGCCCACGUUUCCGUACCUUCUCAUCGUCUUCUGAAUGAUCUUUUGGUCAUUCCCUCUGCACGGAAGCUUUACGUUCUCGCCAUUUUGCCAAUUCACCAGAGUGCUGAUGCAAAGGGUCUGGAUUGUGGUCAAGUUGAUGUGGAUGGUUUUGUGCGUCUCGCGGCUUUCUUGGACGCGCUUAACCAGGUAAAUAGCGGACGAGCAAUGCGAGAAGCUGGCCUAACCCUAGGCGCUGUGGUCAUCGACUCCUGCAAGUCCGACCUAAGGACCGUUGCUGAUCUCUUUGAAUUGCUGAGUGGCACCAACAUUCAUCGACAAGAUCUGGUCGCACUCGUUCGAGAUGAUGGCUCCCAUAUGCCGAACGUCGACGAUUUUGCCCGGCAUUUGAAGCUGCCAACGAUCAACACGUUUUUCUCUAGGAGGGAUUUGCCUCUCGUUACGGGAACCCUGCCACCAAUGUCCGCUCCCUUGGAUGCGCUAGUUUCGUUGCUAGAAUACACCAAGUCUUCAUGUGCAAUGGUUGUCUAUGAUGAACUGUUCGCAGAUGCUGUAUCAGCCUUGUCUGAAAUGGGUGUCGCUCGGGGAUUGUGCCUUGAGCAACAAGCCCGUGUGGCUAUCGUGCUGCUUGGAGAGUCGAACUGGAUCAACUUGAUGAAGGCAUUUAGGAGUGAAAUGGUCAUAGCUGGUCGCUUCAUUCUUCUAACUCUUCAAGAUCCGCGAUGGCAAUCGUCAAAAGACUGGGCUGCCGCUUGGCCACAUUUCGACCAGCUUCUCGUCACGGUCACCCCGAAAAAGUCGUCCCAAGCUAUGUACCUGCAUCAGCUUGCACAGCUCUUCCCGACCUUCCCAUUCCCACAGCACUGGCUCCGUCAAUUUUGGUCUACUGCAUUCAAAUGUCACAUCGAAGGCGAGCGAGGGGCUGGAGAGCAAUUUUCUAAGGAGUGUUCGCAUAAGCAGCAGCUAAACAUCACUAAAAUCUCGCCUGAUAUCGAUGUGGCCCCGAUUCAGUUUGCCGUGCACUCAAUUUCUAACGCAUUGCGAAAAGUUGUGGAUACUGUAUGUCCAGGAGCCCUGGUCUCAACUUUAAACGAUUGUCUAAAUGACCCUGCGGAAGCGCUCUUCCAAUCGAUUCUUGGGCUAGAUUUCACUCAUCCAUUGGCAGAAAAUGGUGUUCGCUACAACGUUACCACCAGCCAUCGAGACCAACCACUAAUAAUCAAUCGGGUCAUUUUCAACACCCAAUUGGAUUUCGAGCCAAUUGCCACCUGGGAUUCUCUGAAUGGGCUUUUGUACACUUCCCCAGCUGAACUACUAAUGGAGGAUCGGGAUGGUAGCAGGGUCUCGUUGAGGAGUGUUUGUCCAAAGUCUGCUUGUUCGACUGAGCGCAGGCGUCGAAUUCUAACAGGAUCAAUGCCUAUUGUAAAGCAGUCCUUGGAAUCGAUGCCAUUAGUGGUUGUGACAAUUGUUGCUGUCGUGACCUUCAUUGUGUUGCUUUCGUGCAUCUAUUUGCAUGCGAUCUCUGCGCACAGUGAUAGCUACACAAGUUGCACCAUAUUUUCUUUUGCGGGUCUUUGCUUGCUAUCCCUAUCUUCCGUCUUCUUCCUAAUGCAGCCAAAUGCACUUUCUUGUGCUGUUCGGAGGAUCGCGUUCUCAAUUUCGGUAGCCGCGACAAUUGCUCCAAUUUUAGUAAAGGCCAUGUUUGUCUGGUUGGCCAGCCUCUCCGCAUCAAUGGACCAUCUUGCCAGUUCCGCUUCUCACAUGUUCUUGACCUCGUUGGGACUGGUGUUAAUACAAUCUGUAAUCGCUGUCGAGUGGGCAUGGUUCGAAUCGCCGACCGCCCUCACUUUUGCAACAAGCGCCAAGGGAACCGGGUGGAGAUGUUCACCAGGCGAAGAUUUUGAAUCUCGUCUCACGAUGUCUUGUGGACUUCCGGCGGCUAUGCUAUUACUUGCGUUGUUAUUGUCCCUGAUUUCGAUCAAGCACCCACAAAGCCGUUUAAAUGUCUUGCUUUGUGUGCAUUCCAUUUUCUUUGCUGUUGGUAUGUAUCUAGUGCUGCCAUUGGUCAGCUUCCAGUUAAGGGACCAGAUCUCGACAGCAGGUAUUCUUCUAUACGUUUAUCUCUUCCUGGUUUUGACUUUUUGCCGUCGCGCAUUUGCCAGUGAUGAAGAUGCCUCGCAGAACGGUACGCUUGUCGGGAAGAAAGGAUUUGACUCUUUCAACGACCACAAUAAUGCCACGUAUUGGAUAUCGCGUGAUGCUUUGAUGUCGCCUACCGCUGUCGCUUCAAUGCAGCGAAUGCCACCGAACGAUACCUUGCAAAGACAAUAUCAAGAAGGUGUCGCAACACUGCAACGACCAAUGCCAGGAAAUUAUAAUGCCACCUUGAUCCGCCCUAAUGGAACUAUUGAAGCCAUGACGAUGAGACGAAAUUCGGCAAACGGGAUUCCUACUCUGGCCGUGAACGGAAUGCCUCACCCGGUCCCAACGCAACGAAUGUCCCAGUUAUAUGGUGUACAUGGAUACGAAUCGAAUCCCCGUUCUGAACGAAGUGAAAUGGCCUCCCUUCAGCGAAUGGCCGAUAACCAAAGUUUCCAGGAAUACGUCGAGGAAUCCGGCCAGCUA